AUGCAUAUUCGUUGGGCCGUUGUUAUAACAGCACUUCGUCUGCUUCAAUUGUCUGGCCAUGCGCUUGCCACACCAUCGCCACCAGGCCCACCUGUGCCAGACCGUCCUCCGGCCCCUCCGCCGCGUCCGCCGGUACCGGGCCGUCCCCCGCUUCCUCCGCCGCGUCCCAAGGGGCCUCCGGCUCUCCCGCGUCCACAGCCGCCAGCAGAGCCACCGAAACCACCUAGGGUAAAAUUUGACACCGAUCCGAACCCGGAAUUUGUCUUUCGUGGAGAAUCCGUGUCUUGGGACGAAGCUAAGAAGCGAGGCGGGUUUUUCCCACGUACCUCGUAUGAGUCACCGGGGGCGUACGAGCUAUGGCCUGUUCAACUGCAGCGGGAGCGCGGCGCCACCAUCGACACCGCUUAUGUUUCUACCUCGUACUACUUCGAGGUGGCGCGCAGCUACCCAUCGCGCAACAACCGAUUUGUCUAUCGUAUCCGUGGCACACCCAAUUUUGUCGACAUGCCUAGGUCUCUUGGCCAGCAUAUUGUAGUGGACGAAGUGGAGUUUGCCGCACUGGGUGGCAUUUCCUGGAAACAGGUGCACGGCUGGAUCGACUCUGCUGAUAUCCGGGAUGACACCAUUGUCGAUGAGUUGAGCAACACAAGAUUUGACCGGCUUCAAAAGGAGGGCAAGUACGUCCUUAAUCCAGACUAUGACCCUGCGUUCGACGCCUUUAGAGCCGGGGGAGGGGCGCCACAGCUUGUCGGAUUUCCCGAGGGCCACCCCGCGCGGAAUCAGGAGCCUUGGAAGGCCUUUCAGGACAAGUCUGCCAAGGAAUACGCCAUCGAGUUCAUGGACGAGAACGGGAAAGGGCUGGGUUGGCGCGGCCAAUUUCCCUUGCUCAAGCCUGCAGAAGGAACAUCUGAGAUUGACAAGCCAACUGGCGAGAAGCCGGGGAAGCCUUCUGAUGAAACGCUGGGGCUGCCGCCUUGUCCACGCACGAAAAGAUUUCUAUCACAAAGGCAGAGCAACUGUAUCCCGCAGCCGCAUGAGGCCUCACAUAACCAAGACAAGGCGCCCACUGCAGUUGAGACGGCCGGCGAUGGCGAGCUCAUGGCGAUGGCCAAUCAGAGAUCUAAAGAAAGUUUUGAUAGUCUUCUACUAGAGUUUGGUUAUGGCAGCGUGGUGAAGCAGGGACAGCUAUACAAUGAGCUAAACGCACGACUACCAGAGUUCAGUACGCCGCGGCCGGAGAAAAUCGCCGGACUUACCACCAAGAUCGGAGAGGGUGCGCUGGCUGUUGCCGGACUCGCACUUUACGGUAAAGCCGUGGCUGAUGUUUUCUCAAGUGACGCCAGCGUCUUGGACAAAGCCGCAGUAGUGACUUCCAUCUUGCCCGGCAUUGGCUGCGCUGUACAGCUUGCAGAUGAUGCGGAACGGGGACAUGGACAUGUUGAUGUAGCACAAACCGCUUUAUGCUCUACUGAAGAUGCUCUAUCCGUCUCCGGGUUUUGGGAAAUCGCCCUGGCAAUGCAGGUAGGACAAGAGCUCAGCAAUUGGAUAAAAGCAGAGAAUGAGCGGGAUAAACUCUGGGAUAUGGAACUCCUUGCCAAGAAGACUGCAGAGGGGUGGCUUGAUAAUGCCAAAAGACUGAUUAAUCAUCUCAGAUCGGACGAAUUUAUUGCAAAUGCUACAACUAAAUUAUCGACAUACCAAAUCCUUACUUUAUUUCAGGCGUCGCAGCUCACAGGCGACCUACAUGCCGCUCACAAGGUCCUGUCGGAAAACGCUACAAUGCCCAAUGCACAACAGGGCCAAAGCGUCAAUGAUGAUAUCAGCGCGCUUGUACAACCGGAGCUGAAGCGACAAAUCUGUUCAACAAUGGCAGAAAGCAAAUACCAGCUCCACAUGAAGCUUGAAGCCGUAGCUCUUAAUCAUAUGGCAAAGCUAGAACGCGAAUUUCGAAAUCACUUCCUAGAUGAGUGGUUAAAGGCAGCGACCACGCCUGCUCCGAUACUCGGCAUAACACUCCCAGACUGGUCCAGUAAUACGAAACUCAUCCACGAGGAGAUUGAUAGAGCCAGAAACACACCUCUGCCUCUAUACGAAGACGAAGUUAAAAGGGCUAUCAAAGAGGCAAUUGAGCGGAUAAAAACACCCGCUCCGUGCCAAUGUGUUCAGGGCAAGAAGGGAGGCAAGUGUGAAUUUGGGGACUGUCAAAGUCCCUCACCUCAAACUCGCAUGGAUGCAGGAGGAAGAAUAUAUGCUACCAGAGUGCGAUCUAUUGAAAUGGCCAAGAGAAUGCGCUUAACAGAAGGUUGCCAGGCCCUCUUCACGACAUGCCAGGUUCCAGGCUCGACAAGCGAAAUUGGUAGGCCUCUUUGGUGUACGCCGGGCAAAUAA